AUGUCACUUCAACAACCUGUACCAAAUCGAUCUUUCCCGAUACUGCAAUCUCAUGCACUAUUCCAAAUGCAUACGUCAUUAGAACCUCAAUUACCCCAUUAUUAUCUUCAAAAACUAGUGUUAUCUCAUAAUCCACCUGUUUCGCAUAAUGAACAACAACUUAAUUUGUUAUGUCAUACACCACCUGUUUUUCAUUAUGAACAACAAUUUAAUUUGUCAGUUUUUCCUCAAAAACAACAGCAAAGUCAUAAUCCACAUCAACCACAUACAUCGCAAGAUCUUCAAAUAAUAGAACAACUACAAUCAAAAAACCAUUUGCCAACACUGCUAAAUCUUAAUUCAUCAGAAAUUAUGCAAACUCAACCAUACUCACAAUCAAACGUAACAACACUGCAAAAUAUUAUAUCAUCAGAAACUCUACAACCUCAACAGUACUCACAAGCAGAAAUAACAAAAGAUUCUGCUAUGGUUGGAAUACGUGACUACUACGAGCAAUGA